AAGACUUCCAUCAUUGUCAUGAUUUUUCGUUCAAUGAUAUAAAUUUUGCGUCGCUAUCAAUAUUUUGACAAAAUUCCUCUACAGGUUGUUUAGAAUAGUGCUCUACUGUAACACAUGCUGAUACUUUUUGGUAACGAUUAUCCCAUUCCUUGCGAAGUUAUGGAAAUCGUCAUUAAUCAAUGAUUGCAAACUAGGACGUCAAUGAUUGUUCCACAAAAUUAUAUAAAUUUUGAGACACAUUUGAUUUAGAUCAAAAUUCCUUCAGUGGCUUCAAGAAGGCAACAACAGGCACAUGCUGAUUCAUUUUGGUGCAGAAAUUCGUUAAAUUGAAUUGUGUACAGAAUAUUUUAGAGUGAUGAUCAAUUAUCUCCGAAAAUGAUCAACGGUUUCACCUUAACAGAUUCACAAAACUCGAUUCCAAACCUAAAGAAAUGCAUUUCAUACUAUAUUGUCUAAUUUGGGCUGUUUUAGACGAAUUUGGACAUCUUGGUUGUCGAUCUUCACUAUCUUAAAAUUGCUCCACCUAUCGAUGUUUUUUUAGUUCGUUCAAACUGCAUACUCUUAUACUAUCCUUGUCUAGAUAUUUUUACUAACUCGACGAAUCCCUCUUUCGAUAGUUCCUUGAACUUUAAUUGCUCAAAAAAGUAAACCACUAAAUGUUUACAUUUGUUUUCUAGGAUUCAAUAAAAAAAAGUCUAGCAAAAUUUGCAAUGGAGUCUUCUUCAGGCAUCGUUUUGUAAACUUGAUAUUGAUAACCAGUCGACUUAUUUUUUUUAUUAAACUCAUGUUUUACAAUGUUUGAUUAGAGGUGUGCAAAAUCGCUCUUUUUUGGAGCCGCUCAUUUUCAUUCGUUUUGAACGGUUCUUUCGCUCUUUUUCAAAAUUUGGAUGAAAAGGGGUUUUUUUAAGAAUCGUGUGAUUUUAUAAGUUAUUUUACAUAGGACUUUUAUAAAUUAUUUGAUUGGCAAAAAAUAAAUAUAAAAACGAGAAGAUGCCCUCGAAAACCAUAGGUCUUGGUAUGAUCUCUUUUCUAUAAACACUAAAGUUUAAUCGGACAAAAGGAUAUAUAUUUUCCAAAAUCUCUAAACUAUUCAGUAGAUUUUUUUUUAAAUAUUUUACAAAUUCUGCAAUUUGACAUGCUCAAAUUUGUAUUCCGGUAAAACUAUAAUGUACAAUCAGUUGUACAAUGAAAGUUUAUUUGUUUUGUUUCAAAAUCAUUUACUUUUGGGAUUAAUUUUCAUAAGCUUUGAAAUAUUUGAAAAUGCAUUUUCAAUUCAAUUCAGUUUAAUACUACACUUUUUUCGGAAAUUCAAUAAAUUAUAUUCAUACACACAAAAAAAUAUUACGGUAAUGACAAAAGUAACUUACUUUUGAAUUAAAAAGUUGUUAAAAUUUGCUACAUUAAAAGUUUUUUUCUUGUUUUGAAAAUGAAAACUAUUACUGCUACAGUUUUUGAAAAUCUCAUUGCUCACUGAUUUAAAAGUUUUUACUUUUAAUUUGACUGUAAAAUUUCUUUCAUUUUGACGUUCUCGUGUAACCGUGUACGCCUAAGUCGCAAAUGUAAACAAACACUUUGGUGGGUCCGGUGGUGCUGGUGAGGACGCAAAGCAAAGCCGACCGCGGCAGCAGCCAGGACUCGGACGUGGAAACCUUUGUGAGCCAAACAGCAGCAGCGGAACGCUUUCGAAGGAGGGUGGUGCAGGAGCGGGACGAGGUCGAGAGCUCGAAAAGGACAAGGCCAGCUUCCUGCAGGAACUGCAGCUGUUCCACGACCGGAAUGGGAUGGGAGGUAGGAAUGUGGAUUCGCACCGGUUGUAUUCGGUGGUGGUGGCCCGGGAUUGGAGAUUGAAGGUCAAUUCUCGCGAGGACUGGAAAGAGAUCAUUAAGGAGAUGACGCUGCCGAAGCGUUGCAUGGACAACGAGAUUGCGUUGAAGAAGAUAAACAUCCGGUUUUUGGCCAAGUACGAGACAGGUGAUAUUCACGGUGAGGAGAAGGAGCCGACGAAGAGGAGGACGACGAGAAGCGGGAUAAUCGGAGGUGGCCAGAGCGGCAGUUGCACUCGGUGCCGGCGGUUUACAACACCGCAACUAACCGCCCACAAAUGCUCAUCUCGCGACGGCGCAGCUCCAGCCGAAUGAACC